AUGUUGGUGAACGUGAACAGGUCUUGGUGUAAAGAAACACCACAUGAAGCUAAACUCUAUCUGGAAUGGUACACCUUGGUCUCCCUCAAUACUCAAUUUUCAUACGGCAAUCGCGGUAUUUCGGAAAUCGAUAUUUCUCCAAAAUCCCGGCGUCUUGAAUUACAAGCAAAAAAUGAAACUCCAAAACAGAGUGAAAUUAAAAACUACAUUGGCCCAAUAUUGACAACAACUUUAUUCGAUUUUAGUCCUCCUGAUAUACAGAAAUUACUAGGCGUUACACCGCUACUCGAAGGCCCGCCAGAAAAUUUAUGGACAUCUCCGAGUGAUAAAAUAAUUUUACGACCUGUUACAAAUCACAACAUCAUAAAAGCUCUUACUCAUGAUGGGAUACUAAAAUUAGGGGAACAAGUUAAGAGAAAUUACGAAGCAGAUGUAAAUAAAAAAGUAAAUGACAAUUUAAGUCGCGAGAUAAAUGAAAUCCGUUCAAUGUUUGAAGCUGAAAAACGUCAUGCUAUUAAUCUCAGUAUUAAUGAGACUAGAAAUGUAUAUGAAAGUAAGAUUGAUUUAUUAACUAAAGAGCAUGAAAGUAAAUUGCAGAGUGCGCUCGCUGAAGUUGUAGAAAAGUCCAAUAAGAAAUUACAAAAAGCUGUUGUGGCUGAACGUGUGAGCGUGACACAUCAGAUGCUCAAGAAAUUAAGAGAUGAAAUUGGUUAUAUGGUCAUUAAACUGUACGAUGAGUUCGAGAGAAAAUCUCGAGUUGACCGAGAAAAUAUGAUUGCUGACUUUAAUAAAACAAUUAGAAAUGAACGAAAUAAAAAUAAUGAUAUUUUAAAUGCUUUUGAGAAAGAGAAAAAUCUUGAGAUGAAUAUUCAAAGGCUUGAAAUAGAAAAUAAAUAUAUUAAUCUUCUGAUAAAUUCAGUCAGGGCGGAAAGAUCUCACAGUGAAACUCGAAUGAGUUUUCGUCAGCAAAAUUUCCAGGAAAAAAUGCAAGCACUUUAUAAACUUCUGGUGAAAACAUUGUACAUAAUAAAAGUAUUAAAUAAAAAAUUGUCCCAACCGACAGCUCGAAUUCACGAGCCGACUUGGCGAGAUAAAUUACAAGAAAUAAUAAAUAAAUUUAAAAAGAUUAUUAAUUUUGUAUUUCACGCGAUUCCGGGGCACGCUGAAUUUCUCCUUUCUCUGGAAUCACUUUUGUCUUUGGAGCAUCAUGAAGAUAGAAUUGCUUGUGAAAAUGGGGAUAAAGAAUUCCCUUCAAGUGAACCACAGUUCUCCAAACACGAGGACGAAACUGACCGUAUUUUACUAGACUUAAUGAAAUAUUCCAACGAUCUAAAAAACGUCUAA